GAGAUCGACGAAGAGGACGACUGAUGAAGCGACUUCCGCCAUCGCUCUAAUGUAAUUGUAAAAAUAGAAUAUGAUAAAAAGGAGCGAAAGACGCGCGCGGAAGGAGGAGUGAUCUCUACGCGAGUAUAUAGAGAUCGCCGAGCCAUUAGACACUUCAUAGUCGACGACGUACACUAAAGCAUACGAGUGAAAAAAGAUAGACAACCAUGUACAAGGCAAUGGGACAGCAGCAUCCGGCCGACGAUCGAUCGACGCUCGCCGAGCGAAAUCGAGAGAAUGACGCGGGAUCCGCGAAGAAAGCGAGGAUGGACAGCGUACAAGGUUACGACUGGACGUCGAGACGCGACGUCGCGAUCGGACGAUCGCUUAGAAUCUUGGGAAGAUGCUACCCAUUGACCAAAACGGCGUACAAACAUCUCGAAGUCGGUGUUAACGUCAGCCGACCCUCUUACGUGGAAGUCGUCCUCGGAAAUUGUCACGGCAAAGAGAUCUCGUUUGCGCCGGAUGUGUGGAAGGAACUGCUCGAUCUGCGAUCCGUGCUUACGUCGUACUUUCAGCGCGACGAGCGAGAGGAGAUGCGCCCUCCAGCCCCGAUAUAUAUCGGACAAUUAACGUUGCGAUUCGGCAAACUUAACAAUCUCCGAAUACUCCGUCUCGAAACACCUAAGGAUCGUCUAGUCGCAUCGAGGAGCACCGUGCUAAAUAUAUUAAACUUGGAGCAUUGCAUCAACCGCAUCAUUACAACUUUGAGCGGUUUAACCGGAUACAUCGAUAACAAGCUAACGCGCUUCCUCGAUAUCGCGGCCGACGUCUACGAUCGGACGCUUAUUCCGACGGCGAUACGCGACAGCAAGAACUUCGACCGCAACGAUAUAAUCGAUUGCGAACUGCAGGCUCUGCUAUUCGGAGAAUCCUAA